GAUGUUCAGAGAAACAACAACCCUGGCCUGUCAUGUACCAAAAGGACAAAAUAGGCUCAGCUUUGUGAAAGCUGAAGAAGAAAAUGGUGUUUGGAAGCAGGACUUCAGUCUUCGGGGAAGCUUCCAGAGCCAGGAGGUUUUCCGUCAGCAGUUCAGACAGUUUGGCUACUGUGACUUCACUGGGCCCCGGGAGGCUCUGAACCAACUGCAGAAGCUCUGCCAGCAGUGGCUGAGGCCAAAGGAGCACUCCAAGGAGCAGAUUCUAGAGCUGCUGGUGUUGGAGCAGUUCAUGACCAUCUUGCCUAUGGACCUGAAGGCCUGGCUGCAAGAACACGGGCCCAGAAAUGGAGAGGAGGCUGUGACUCUGCUGGAGGAGCUGGAGAGAGAAUUUGAUGAACACAAGAAACAGGGUUUUUCUCUUAUCUGCCCUCAGUCAGUUCUGCUACUUGUUACUCUAGGACACAGCUCAUGGUCAAGAAAUGAUCUACAGAGAAACACUCAUGGAAACAUCGCAGUCUCUAAGUAGUCCACUGCAGUCCUUGGAGAACCAUUGCAAGAGUGAACCCCAGGAGCCCCAGAUUUUCCAUGAGAGAGAUGAGGCAACCCUACCAUUUAGGGUUGAGGAUGAAGAUAGCAAGAUGGUGACUGGGAAAGUAUUGACAACAAAGCAAGAAAUUAUUGAAUGUGUUGCAUCAGUGGCCAUGGCAUCUCCAGGAAGACUUCCUAGAGAAACUUCUCCAGUACAGAUAGUUGAAGAAAAUAUGGGAUAUCGGGACAACAAUGAGGAGCAAAGAGGAAGCAAUGAUACAAGCAACAAAACAAAUCAGCUUCCUUCUCAGGAAGGCAGUUUCAGUUUGGCAACCUUUAACACGAAAACUCCUUCAGAACAGAACAUCUUUGAGUGUAAUGAAGGUGAAGGGAUCCUUAGUCAAAAUGUACAUGGUACUACACAGCCCAGAACUCACACAGGGAAACUGCUCUAUGCGUGUGUGGACUGUGGGAAAGCUUUUUGCAAAAGGUCAAAGCUGAUUAGACAUCAGAGAAGUCAUACUGGAGAGAGACCUUAUGCAUGUAAAGAGUGUGGAAAGGGCUUUGGUUUUAGAGCAGACCUUGUUAGACAUCAGAGAAUUCACAGUGGUGAAAAACCCUAUAAAUGUUGUGACUGUGGAAAAGCUUUUGGGAGUAACACAGAGCUUGUUAGGCAUAGGAGAAUUCAUACUGGAGAGAAACCUUAUGGUUGUGAUGAAUGUGGGAGAGCCUUCAGCCAGUGUUGUACUCUCAUUCAGCAUAAAAAGAUUCACAGUGGAGAAAAACCUUAUAGGUGCGAUGAAUGUGGGAAAGCCUUCAUCAAGAGCUCUGCCCUUAUUCAGCAUAAGAAGACUCACAGUGGAGACAAAGGCUAUGAAUGUACUGAAUGUGGUAAGGCUUUUUGGACAAUUUAUGUUCUUAGGAAACAUCAAAGAAUCCACACUGGUGAGAAGCCUUAUAAAUGUAAUGAAUGUGGAAGAUCCUUUAAUAGAAGCUCAGCACUCACUGUGCACAAGAGAAUUCACUCUGGGGAGAAACCUUAUGAAUGUAAUGAAUGUAGGAAAAUAUUUAGGCAUAGGUCAGCCCUUGUGCAGCAUCAGAGAACACAUACCAAAGUUCAACUCUGAGGGUAAGUGGUUGUACAACUGUAAAAUGCAAAGAAUUCACUUUGAAGGUGAGACUCCACAGAAGAUAGAGAAGUUUCCAGCCCAGUUGUGUUCUGUAAAAAGAAAUCCAUACAAAAUGCUUGCAUAUUGGAAGAAUUUUAUCCAGAACUUGUCUACAAAGAAUGGUAUUUUCUAAGGGAGGAAAAAGACUGACCCAUGUCUGGAGGAGGACUCUCACCAAUCUCUUCAUUCCACUCUCCACUGCAGAUACAACUGCCAUUGAGCACCUUCAUGUAAGUCCAUGAUUGAGGCACAGAUCCUGUAAGAUCUCUUUGUAAGAUCUGUUUAACCAAAGAGUUUGUGCCUAACAGGAGAGUUACUGAACGCUGAAAUGUUGAAUUGAGGCUAUGAAAUGUCAUGUCCUGGAUCAGUUUAAUAUCCAAGGAAAGGAAGAUCAUUCUGCUCCCCCCCUCCCCCCCAGUUGCUUUCAACCCUGAGCUUUCUGUUGCAGUCUGCUUCCUUAUUUGCAAUCUGCUAGGCUUAGCCAUUGGGAGAACAGGCUUGGUCACUGCCCUCUCCAAAUUAAGGGCUAAUAGAAUAUGCAUAUUUAUUAGAACAGUUAUUACGGUGUGUGGCAAUAACUAUGCCAGAUAAAUUCAGGGUUCUGUUGGAAGACAUAUCAGGGAUGUUAUCUCAUCUAUGAGUUAAAUAUUUCUUGGAUGUGAUAUUGAGACCUAAAAUGUAGAAGCAGCAGCUUGGCUAAUGGCAGGACAGAGGCAGAGGUCAUAGCAAUACAUGGCAUGAUGAGGAAAGGAUGUGGACACAUUCCUGUAUCAUGACUUCACUCCAGUUCCUUCUGGAGUUGUUUUUGACCCUAGUUCAGAAGCCAGGUUGGUUUCUUUUCCUGUUUGUAAUACCCUGAGUUGGAUAACGUGAAAUGUUUCAUAUCAUAAGUGAUCUACAUGAUCUAGUAUUCAGAAUUAGCAUGAUAAAAAAAUCAAACUGGUAUUUCUAAAGUCAUGCAUGUAUACCAAGGAAACAGCAUGCAUUGGAAGCUGAAGGACACUGGAGUCUGGAGAGCCUCUCAGCAUUAGCUUUGCAGAUGAUAAGCCACUUGAGGGAAAUAGAGUCAAUCCUUCAGAUUCUACAAAAUUCUUCCUUGAUUUUAAUUUGGCAGG